CGGAAGUAAACAGUAAUCAGGUUAAAACCCGGAAGUAGUGCUCCCCUCGUUUGAAAAUGUCGUCGCUCCAAAGGCAGGCUUGAUGUCAUGUUCCCCGGUGAUUGAUGUCAUGUUCCCCGGUGAUUGAUGUCAUGUUCCCCGGUGAUUGAUGUCAUGUUCCCCGGUGUGCGGUCACGGUGUGUUUAAGGCCUCAGCUUCUCCGCCGUCACAGCAGCUGAUCAUGGCCGAGCUGCAGGGCGUGGAGGCCGGCCUUGGCUCCGGUCCCGGCCCCGCUGCUUCUGCCGAGGUUCGCCUGCUCAACCCCCGCUCGGUCCUCGGCUUCCCCGCCAAGAGCGGCCACACCGACGCGGCCGAGCGUCCCAAGUCCCGCUGGGUCCGCCUGAACGUCGGCGGGACUUACUUCGUCACCACCAAGCAGACUCUGUGCCGGGAGCCCAAGUCCUUCCUGUUCCGUCUGUGCCAGGACGACCCGGACCUGGACUCGGACAAAGACCAGACCGGGGCUUAUUUGAUCGACAGAGACCCGACCUACUUUGGACCCGUCCUCAACUACCUGCGCCACGGAAAACUCAUCCUGGACAAGAACCUGGCUGAGGAAGGUGUUCUCGAAGAAGCUGAGUUCUACAACAUCGCCUCGCUAGUCCGCCUGGUCAAAGAGCGAAUACGUGACAACGAGAACCGCACCUCACAGGGCACAGUGAAGCACGUGUAUCGGGUGCUGCAGUGUCAGGAGGAGGAGCUAACACAGAUGGUCUCUACUAUGUCUGAUGGAUGGAACUUUGAACAGCUGAUCAGCAUUGGCUCCUCCUACAAUUAUGGUAAUGAGGACCAGGCAGAGUUCCUGUGUGUGGUUUCUCGUCAACUCAACAACUCCACCAAUGGCGUCGUCAUCGAGCCCACCGAGAAGGCCAAGAUCCUGCAGGAGCGAGGCUCUCGCAUGUGAGGGGACGUCCCGCCCACCGAGCAAAACUUUUGACUCCGCCCCCAUCGUGGUCAUCAUCACGCCCUCCCGUGUGCCUUUCGGCCCCUCCCCCACUUCCUGUCUCCCGCCAACAGGAAGUGACGUGUCUGAGGCACAUAUCCAUGGCGGCCCCUGGCAUGCCCUCCUGUGGCUCCUCCCCCUCGCCAAAGCAUCCAUGAAGACUUUGGACUGACUCCGCCUCUCACAGGACAUGUCACCGCCCUCUCCAGCCAAUCACGGCACGUCUUAAAACUUAGUAAAUGUCAUCAGUGAAAAUGGCCGCCAUCUUGAAAUGUUGACGCACCUGGGGUGGGCGGGGCUUAGAAGGCAGGAUGUUAGCAUCGCUCCUGCUAGCAGAAUGAAAGUCAAAGUAAAUGGGUGUCUGUUCUGGAACCUUCUUCAUGUCCUGGAACCUGUUGUGCUCCAUGGGGGCGGAGCCUAAUGAGCCAACAGGUGGUUAGCCUCCAAUCAGAUGUCCCACAAAGACUCUAGUGUGUGUGUGUGUGUGUGUGUGUGUGUGUGUGUGUGUGUGUGUGCAUGUUGUUGUUGUUGUUGUUGACAGUAUUGUGAGACACCUGCUCUCCUCUUUUAUUGCACUUUGUUGCUGUGACACCAUAAACCUCCCUCUCACCUGUGCACCUCACUUCCUUCUUUACACAGGUGACAAUGAACACAGUUAAAAAUGAACCGGUAAUAUACACAGGUGACAAUGAACACGGGUGACAGUGAACACAGUUAAAAAUGAACCGGUAAUAUACACAGGUGACAAUGUACACAGGUGACAAUGUACACAGGUGACAGUGAACACAGGUGACAGUGAACACAGGUGACAAUGAACACAGGUGACAGUGAACACAGGUGACAAUGUACACAGGUGACAAUGUACACAGGUGACAAUGUACACAGGUGACAGUGAACACAGGUGACAGUGAACACAGUUAAAAAUGAACAGGUAAUAUACACAGGUGACAAUGAACACAGGUGACAAUGUACACAGGUGACAAUGUACACAGGUGACAAUGAACACAGGUGA